AUGGAUUCCCUCAAUGGGGAGAUUGGCAGGCUGCUCAACAUCAUGAACAAAAUUGUUCACUACCAGGUUGACGAAGAGGAAGACAUUCCCCAGCCAGAUUCUGCAUGCUCAUCUGCAGCGACAUGUGUGAAGAGGGUUCGUCGUGCCACUUCUGACCACAACAUUACUUCUGUACCUCCAGCGCUUCAAGGCCAUGGACAACAUGAUGGUGUACUGACUCCAGAGAGCAUCAAACAAGGUGACCCAUUUGACCUUAUGCGUCCCCUCUUGGUCUCCAUAGAUCUCGAGACAGCGCGCAUUCUGCAUUUUCUCCCUGAGUUUCAAGAACUAGUCCUGAAGUUCGAUCCCACAUUCAAAGGGAAUUGCAAACCGCUUAGCAAAUGGAAGAAGGCCAUCGUUGCCCAGCUGCUCUCAGAGGAUGUCUUUCAAGACCUGGAUACAGAGAAACACACUCUGAAAGAAUGGGGCAAUGCCAUCAAACGCGUCUAUUCAAACCACUUUGGCUAUCAGAUGAAGGUCAAGGGAACCGGACUUGAUGGGACGCCACCAACAGCUGUUGCACCAGCGAAUGUUCAGCCUGCAAAGUCUAGCAACAAGAUUCGCUCAUUCCUUUUCUUCUCUGGUGACAUCUCUCCUCAUGAACUUUUUGUGGCCGAGAAUCACAACGAACUUGAGGCAACCUACAAGAGAAUUUGUCAAGACACUGGCCUCCCUGGUGGAGCUGCUCGCCAAACUGUGCUGAAAGAGCUUUGGGCUAAGGCCAAUCACAAAGAGUGCGAAGAAAGAGCAAAAACUUAUUUGAACGACACCCAAUCGAAUCAGGAAGAAUUUAGCUGCUUAGCGCUCUCGUCUCUUGAGGCGAUGCUCAGUCGAGGUGUGCUGGGGUCUUCCAUGAUCUCGAUGAUGUAUGCCUAUCGCAGAACAAAUGAUUGUGUCUGCACUGAAAUAUUAUCCACAGGAUUUAAUAGCACGACCGGCACCUUUAUUGAAUACCAAAUCGACAGCGAGGAGUUGACAGAAAGUUGGACCAAGACGGCUGAUCGUUAUUUGCCUUGUUCCAAGUCCUCCAGCCCCCUUGCAUACAAUGAAGACGGCAUGCCCCUGUUCCCCGCCAUCGAUACACGCUCGCUCAACCUCAAUGAGAUGAUCCGAAUCCUAGAAGAUUAUUUUAUCCAAGUAUGGGCACACAUUCAUGGAGGAACGGCCAUUCCAUGGGAUGACAUUGGCAAUGAUCCCGAGAAGUUUUACGACAUGCGGUGCUAUGACCUACCCUGCCCAUUGAAGCCACCUCCCGCUCUCAAAGAUGACGAAGUUCUGCGCCUCACGAAGUUUUUAAUCCGCCAAUCAAGUGGAGAUACCCCUUUCCUGUUCCAUCCCAAGGUCGUAUCUCAUGAAGUCAAAAUUCAAGCUACUAACAAGGUAUCACCCAUCGAAUCUCCCAGUGGCACUUCUCCAGCAGUGCCAGCCACUCGAGAAGUGACACAACCUGUUACAGCUGGCAUCAUUUCCCCUACCUCUGCAGCUAAGGCAGCCUCUCUACCAGCUCCCACCAUCACCACGCCCACUUUAUCAGUGGAUGCCGUCCCACCAGCUGCCACUGGAGCCCCUCUCUCAGGAAAGAAAGACACUGAGUUGUCAGUCAGGGCAGAUGAUGUAGUGAAAUCCCCAGCAGCCGUCAAUCCUCUUCCUCAUGAUUCCCCUUCCAUGCUGGCGCCUCCCCCACCGGUUCAGCACCAGCAGACAAGUGCCACAGUGUCUGAGAAAGGAAAGAAAUCCAAGAAGACGAAGAGCAACGCCAAUGUCAAAUCUCGUACUGCCGUAUCCGCCAACACAAAAGCGACCACCAGCACUUCGACUCACAAUAUCACAGAAGCCGACAAUUCAAACUCUCGGUCUGCCACAGAUCCUAAUAGUGGUAAUCUCCGAUGCGGCUCUCAUAAGCGCAAGACCAUAGAUCAUACCAGUCCGCAGCCGAUUGUUGAUCCUACAUCUGCACCUCCACCAGGAAAGAAGCCAAAACCCUCUUGGGACUGGGUGCCAGUGGUGCCCCAGGACUAG